AUCGCGAUAUAAAUAUUGGCCUUGAUGGCUUUGUCUUGUCUCUGUUUCUAUCUUGCCUUGAUAUUCCUCCUCUAUUAGUAUCUAGACAUCGUCUCAAUUGCAUCCCAAUUCUUUCCCUCUCCCAAAACCUCUCCACACAAGUCAUAAACAAUGUCUUACAACAACCGUGACAACGACUACAGCUCCAGCCGCUCUGGUGGAAAUGAUAACUAUGGAUCUCGCCAGGGCAAUGAGUCCUACGGAUCCUCCGGUCUAGGAAGUGAUUCGUACGGUUCCUCCAACCGCUCAGGAAACUCUGGCUACGGUGGUUCUGAUUCCUACAACUCCUCCAGCCGUUCUGGAGGAAAUGACUCCUACGGUUCCAGCCGUGACAAUGACAGCUAUGGCUCCUCCGGUAACAAAAACAGCAGCGGCGGCUCCUACGGCUCGUCCAACCGGGACAAUUACGGAUCUUCCAACGAUUCUUACGGUUCCAGCAACCGCAAGGACAACGACUCCUACGGAUCCUCUGGUGAUUCCUACGGAUCCAAGAAGGACAACCUGAGCUCUUACGGUUCCAACAGUGACAACUACGGUUCCAGCAACCGCAAAGACAACGACUCCUACGGAUCUUCUGGGGACUCCUAUGGUUCCAAGAAGGACCACAGCUCUUCUAGUGGCUCUUAUGGUUCUAGCCGCCGUGACAACGACAACGAUACCUCUUAUGGUUCUAAGAAGGAUAGUUACGGCUCUUCUAACGACUCCUACGGCUCUAAGAAUGACUCUUAUGAUUCUAAGAAGGACAGCUAUGGCUCCUCCAGUGGCUCAUAUGGUUCCAGCAAUGACAACAAGAACAGCUCCUACGGAUCUUCUGGUGAUUCCUACGGCUCCAAGAAGGACCACAGCUCUUCCAGUGGCUCUUAUGGCUCUAGCCGUCGUGACAACGACAACGAUAACUCUUAUGGUUCUAAGAAUGACAGCUACGGUUCUAGCCGUCGUGACAACGACAACGAUAACUCUUAUGGUUCUAAGAAUGACAGCUACGGCUCCAGCCGUCGUGACAAUGAUAACGAUGACUCUUAUGGUUCUAAGAAUGAUAGCUACGGUUCUAGCCGUCGUGACAACGACGACUCGUAUGGUUCCAGCCGUCGUGAUAACGAUAGCAGCUCUUACGGGUCCGGUAACAACUACGGCUCGAAGAAUGACAGCUAUGGAUCUUCUGACUCCUACGGUUCUAAGAACCAGGGUGGCUCGUACGGAUCCAGUGAGCGCUCUGGAUACGGUAACUCUGGUUACUAGGUGUUGUGAGAGUAGGGCUUUAUGGUGUCAUUGUUAAUUGAUGAAUGUAUUUAAUCAUUGCUAUGAGCUUAUAACAUGCAUUGAGAUUCCAAACUAUAGAGUUUUGUUCGAUCAGUCUGAAUCAUAAUAACUAGAGACUCAUGCGAAUUUACGGAUUCUGGCCAGCGACCGAUAUAAGUGAAAAUAUAAACUGGAAGGCAUGUACUCAAGAUUGAAAAAUAUAAGUAUGAGCAGGAAGAGCUUUCCCAUUCACUUUUAAUGUACUACACCGCCGUGUAGUGCACUAUUUCAAGUAUACUUUAAAAGUAGCGUAACCCUCCACAGGUUUCCUCAAUGUUGACAUCUUUGAAAUGGAAGUAGGAUAAUGACAUCCAUUU